AUGCCAGCUUCACACGACACAUCAAAUUCCGGAUCUCAUAUAUCGACGAAUUAUCUCAAGAAUGAAACAUCUUUUCCGCCGCAGGUAAGAAAGUUAUGAAAUUAGAUUGAUGACAAAUGAGACGAGUACUGUUUAUUUACAUAACACACAUGAUUUUUGAAGCGGAAAAAAACCAUCGAUUUGUUAAUAGUAAACUAUUUCGAAACUUAUUGAUUUUUUUGCUUUGAGCCUUGAACUCGAAGCAAAAAAUGUUGAAAUUGGUGACUCAUCUGAUCUUUCGUACUAUGUAGAAUGCACUAAUUAUUUGCUCUUCUCGUAAAUUCUUCCGCAAAUCCAUUUUUUUGUCAUUUUAGAGUCACUCGCGAACUCCAUCAAUGGUUGUUUCGGAGCGAAUGGGAGCGUUCAGCGAAAUGCGACAUACACCUUCACCUUCACGUCAAGAAUCAUCGGUUACACCAUCUGCUGCACAGAGGUUGAGAGUUGAUAUGAGUAGUUCGAAGUGAGUUUUGAGAAUUAGAUGAAUUCUGAUUCUGAGGCCGAAUUCAAAAAGUGGUAUAUCAAAAAUUGCUGAACAAAAUUUUUUGUACGCCUAAAUUUUUCUUGACAGUCAGUAACUCUUGUUAUACCAAUUUAAUGAAUUUUAACGGCCUGGAGGAUUUUUUGGGCUCGCUCGGAGAACUUUGUCAAUGAGGAACACUUUCAGCUCUUCCCGAUCGCCUCAGAAAACAGAAACACCAAUUUUGCCAUCAUCUUCUGCGAUGUCGAAUAAUCCAUUUCCAAGGUUGGGUUUUUUUUGUAUUUCGAAAUUUGUUCGAAUUCUAGUUUUCCGUAAUCUACUGAUAUUAAAAUUUUUCAUUUUUUGGGUUAAUUCAAGUCGGAAAAAAUUAAUAAAAAAAAUCUACUGACAAGGGAACCUUUUUUACUCAACACUUCAAACCUUGAUGAAAUUGUGUCCAGAGACAGCUUUUGGGGUCAUAAGAACACCCUAAAAAUUUAAGUUACCCAAUGGACCUCUGAGUCAAGUUCUGGGCUCUCAAAAACUCAAAAAAGGCCUAAAAAUGGUCACAAAAGUCAUCAUAGCUCCAUUUCAAAAAUUUUUUUGGGAGAAAUAACGUUUCAGAUAUUGAUCAGCAUAGUCGAUUACCUAAAAGUAAAUCAAUAAAAAACAUUUUUUCGAAAAAUUUUGAAGUUUUUUAUUUUUGGGCUGAAAAUUCAUGAAAAUUCAUAUGUGCCCCUGCUCAUUCUUUUUUUCAAAAUCAAAAUUUUUUCUGAAAAUUUGAUUUAUUUAUGUUUUUUGGGUAAAUCGACCACGCUGAUCAUCAUCUGCUACUCAGUUUCAUAAAAUUGAUCGAGAAUUGAGUUAUGACGUGUUUUAUGAGCCAAUUUUGGCAAUAUUUGAACUUUUGAGAGCCCAGAACUUGGCUCAUAGGUCCAUUGGGUAACUAAGAUUUUUAGGGUGUUCUUAUGGCCCCAAAAGCUGUCUCUGGACAACAUUUCAUCAUGAUUUGAAGUGUUGAGUAAAAAAGGUUCCCUUGUGAAAUUUUUUUUUAAAAAGAAAAUUUCGAUUCAGAAAAUGUCAAAAAACUAUAUUAUUUUUCUAUUAUUUUUAAUGUUUUUUCAUUGAAAUAUUUUGGCUGCGAGAUAUUUUUCAUUUUUGUGUGAAAAAAUAGAGUUUUUUGACAUUUUCUGGAUCGAAAAUUUUUUAAAUUGAUAUUUUUCGAGUUGAAUCACCCCAUAUACUUUUUCCACACAAAAGUAGAAAAUAUCUUGCAGGGAAAAUUUUUCAAUGGAAAAAAAUGUGAAAAAUAAGAAAAAAUAUAGUUUUUUGACAUUUCCUGAAUCGAAAUUUUUUGAAAAAAAAGUUUUUUUUAUUGUUUUUUCUCGACUUGAAUUUCCAAUUGGAUUUGGCCAAAUUCCAAAUUUCCAGAGGUUCCCAAACCCUAUCCUCAACUCGAACAAAUCCACGUGUCUACCUCCCAGACAAUCGUUCCUCAACAAAUUCUCAAAGACCACUUCUGGCCAAAUCACCAGUUCGAUUUGAAACUGACCCAAGAUAUCAUAAUGUUCCAGCAGCCACGUAUUCACAAGGUAACUCAGAAAAUCCUAGCUUAAUUUCCAACAUUUUUCCAGCCGAUUCAACUGAUUCACGUCGCCGUCCCGAAAAAAUCUCCGACGUCUAUUCGCAAAGCGGAGAUACUGUCGAAUUCGCGAAAAAUCUCAGCGAUUAUAUCAACGACAAAAUCCCAUACGCGGUGAGCAUCACAAUUCUGUCGAUUUUGAGUCUUCUCGCAUUUUUGAUGAUCAUUUUUGGAAUUUUGAAUCUACCAUUUUGCGCACUACAACCAAUGAUUCCGAUUUGGCUAGUUGUUGCCGGGAUUUUAUUCAUUAUUUCGUCCGCAUUUCGAAUUUAUUUUCUGAUUCCGACACCGAAGAAAACACAAAUUCGAAGACAACAAAGAAAACUUGGAGCAAGUUUAUUAUGCAAAGGAAUUGAAGUGCUCUUUUUAAUUGCCAAUUUGGUUUGGCUCAUUUUGGGUAAGAAAAUGUGUAAUCUAAUGGCCAGGGACUAGAAUUCUCAUGUUGCAAAACCUAGUCCCUCCUAAUUCAAAAAUACCGGCGAAAAACUGUCCCGACCUAAAUUUCACGCCAAUUCUAAUUGAAAUCAUGAUUUUCAUGAGUUUGAGAGCAAAAAUAAGAUCAAAAUUAACAAAGAUUAUUGAUUUUUGGCCCAUUUUUCUCCCCAAAUCCACAAUUCCAACUCUUGAACCAAACUUUUCCAUUCAAGGCUGUGUUUGGACAUACGGUAGUAAAACAUUGGUCAGUUUUCAAGAAGGAAUGUUCGAAAGGCACUAUUGUGAUCCUACAGUGUAUUGGUGUGCAUUUAUUGCUUGCACAACAUUUUUAGUGAGUUUUUUUUUAAAUAAAAAUUAAUUUUACUAAAAAACGUUAAUUUUCGAUUCAGAAAAUGUUAAAAAACCGAAUUUUUUCCACACAAAAAAUUAAAAAAUAUCGUUUCUGAAUCGAAAAACGUUUUUUUUUCAACCCAAAAGUUAGGCUAACUUUUCUCAAAAAACAAAUUUUUCUAGAUCUUCGAUUGUCUCGUGAUAUUCUUUAUAAUCUGUGUAUUGGCUAUUGGUUCGUGUAA